UCACUAGUCUGAAGACGGUCUAGCUCGCUUAAAUCUUGGCAUGGAAACCGCACCACUGCGCACUCUGCAAAAUCGGCGCUCUUCGUUUUUUGGGAGAGACUUGAAGGACGUCGUCGACACUUUUCAAUCCCAGCACAAUCAGCACACAUCGCGAUCAUGGGUAUCGACCUCGAUCGCCAUCACGUUAAGAGCAGCCAUCGCAAGGCGCCCAAGAGCGACAAUGUCUACCUCAAGCUCUUGGUGAAGCUCUACCGCUUCCUUGCCCGCCGCACCGACUCGAACUUCAACAAGAUCGUUCUGAAGAGACUUUUUAUGUCGCGAAUCAACCGCCCUCCAAUGUCCAUCUCCCGCAUCGCAAGCAAAGUCACUACCGAGUCCGCUUCAAAAGCCUACAAAGACAAGACCAUCGCUGUUGUUGGCACCGUCACCGACGACAACCGCAUGUUGACCGUUCCGGAACUUCACAUUGCUGCGCUACGGUUCACGGCUACUGCCCGUGCGAGAAUCGAGAAGGCCGGCGGUGAAUGCCUGACUCUGGACCAACUCGCCAUGCAACACCCUACCGGAAGCAACGUCGUCCUGCUCCGCGGACCCAAGAACGCCCGUGAGGCGGUCAAGCAUUUCGGAUUCGGACCCCACAGCCACAAGAAGCCUUACGUCGAGAGCAAGGGACGCAAGUUCGAGAGAGCCAGAGGACGAAGACGGUCGAAGGGUUUCAAGGUGUAAACGGAGACAAAGUGAUACUGGGAAUGAAGACGAAAAAACCGAAGUGUUGGCUGGUCAGAUUGAUGGACGGCGCAUUUCUUCGAGGCAUAGCGGUGAUGUGCUUUUUCCUGCAGAUGCAAAAAGAAGGAUCAAGCGCGUGCUUCAAGCAGCGGUCGUGCGAGGCAUCCUGGUCUUGAUGGUGCUGCUCC